AUGGAAGAGACACGUCGAAAGUCAUCUAGUGCUACCAUCAUGCCACCUCUACCUGUAAAGAAAGCCAGUGGCUUACGUAUUGACUGUAAACCAGUACAGGUGAUGGAAUCAUUAGAGGAACCCGCCUCACUCAAGGGGAAAUUAAAGCGAAUGAUCUCACGAAAGAAAAGUUAUACGGGUAAAGUGGUUCGACAUUCUUACAGCGAUCCUAGACUCUCACCGGGAUCUACAGCGGUUGGGGACGAUGAUAGUGAACAACACAUUGGAGGUUAUUUUGGUGGUAUGGCUAAAAAAAAACGAUCCCCUCGAGGUUGGGUCGCUGCUGUCAUGAUGAUUGUGGUGGGUGCAUUGAUUGCUAUCACCUUUGUCUUGGUUGGAUUGGGUAAGGCCCUGGAUAAUCAUGAAUCAUCAAAGACAACAACAAUACAAGUUGUGACAGUGACAAGUACAAGCUCAAUUGCAACUCCAACAAGUAGUGUGACAUAA